AUGAUAAACCAGACCACUGCUGUACAGCCUUCCUCCGGUGAUUUCAAUGCUGCAUGCUCACUCAACCAGAAUGCUUCAUCAACAAAUGACUGUGGAUAUGCUGCUUACUUAUCGAUUAUUCCUUCAGUUUCUGAUGUGUCUUCAGAUGAUGAAGAGUUAAACAGAGCAAUAUUGGCGAGUAUUGAAAGUUGCAACAUGGACCGUACAGAUGGACCACCUGCAAAAGUUAUUCUACAGGAUCUUGGCUCAAAGAUUGACCGAAACCAACAAUGCAGGUUUAACAUAAAUAGAGCCUCAGUAUUAGAUGGAGACAUCCGUGGAUUCAAAAAGCUGUCAUACAACCCAAAUCACAGCAUUUCAGUUAAGUUUUCGGAUGACAUGGGCCAUGAUGAGGAGGCUGUUGACCUAGGAGGCCCAAGGAGGGAAUUUUUUAAAUUACUCAUGGAAGCCCUGAUGCAGUCACCAAUCUUCGAAGGACAAGAACAUCAGCGAAACUUGGCUCUUGAUAGCACAGCUUUAAGGGAGGACAGAUAUUACAUUGCUGGCCUUGCCAUUGCUGUCAGCCUAGUUCAUGGAGGACCCUCCCCUGGUUUUCUGUCCCCAACACUGUUCACCUGUCUGGUGAAUGGCUUGGAAUCUGCAAAUCCUACCUUAGACGAUAUUGCAGAUACAGAUUUGUAUGAGAAAAUCAAAAAGAUCUCAGAAUGCACUACUUUGCAUGACCUGCUUGACGCCACACAACCACUAAGAGAUUACCUGGCCAAUGCGGGCUGCCUCAGGCCUUUAAGACGCAUAGAGGACCGAGAUGCGCUUGUCAAAGACAUUCUAAUGUUUCAAGUGAUUCACAGGCUCCGGGGACCAUUUGAGAGAUUUAGAGAUGGUCUGAGGACAUUAGGAGUACUGGAUAUAAUACAAAAACAUCCAGGGACAUUUCGAACUCUACUGUGCCAUGCGCCAGAAGGAGGUUCCGACAGACUUGGAAAGAUUUUGGCCUUUGCUACAGGUGCUGAUGCUAUUCCACCAAUAGGCUUUUCCCCUCAACCCUCAAUUGAAUUUCUGCAUCAAGAUGAUGCACCAUCCACAGCUAGGCUUCUUCCCAUGGCCAACACCUGUAUAAACUGCCUGAAAUUGCCAUUGCACAUCUCCUACCAAGCAUUCAAAGAAAGCAUGGAGUUUGCUUUGGGCAAUACUCAAGGGUUUGGGCGUGAGUAG